AUGAAGAAGGUGCUAGGCCCCGCUUGGUACAAUGCCGUUCUGGGACGAAAUCCUUUGACGAAGGAGCCGUUGGUCACGCUUCCAGAUUCGAUGCGAGAGGAGGUAAUGUACCACCUGAACAAUACGGUCCUGCCAACUCGUUUCCAGCAACUGGAGCAGUUCCUUGCUUCCUCGAAGGGGCCCUACUUCUGUGGAGACCGGAUGACAGUCUGUGACCUGAGUCUGUAUGUCUAUGCCUCGGGAAUCCUCGACGGAACUUUCGCAGCGGGCGUUCAGCCUAAUGUUAUGGACAACUGCCCAGGCUUGAAAGCUUUGGUGGAGCGAGUGGGGAACCACCCGCGUGUCCAAGAGUGGAACGCGGCUCAUCCGUGA